GCAGCAUGAUGUCUGAGUGUUUACUCCACAAACAUUUUGGGGAGAGGGUCCACAGCAAUCAUUAACUGAUUUUGAAUUUAAAUAGACUCUUAGCUCCACUUUGCUGUUGGAUGAUUUCACUCCUGUCAAAAUGUGCAUCAGAUAUCUUGGAUUUCUUCUUCUGAUUUGUCUUCCUGGAAUACUACACGGACAAAGUGCACCACAGUCCUGUACUGCUCCCAACCUGGAUGGUGGUUUCUUUGCUCCAAAGUUGGAGACUUAUCUUCAUGGAGCACAGCUGACCUACACCUGUAACAGUGGACGUGUACCAGUAGUGAGGGGGUGGUGGGUAACAAGCUCAUGUCAAAAUGGCAAAUGGUCUCAUGAACCACAAUGUAUAGACGAAAAAGCCUGCUUUCCACCAGACAUACCCCAUGCAGAACACAAUCAGGAUCAAGAGCAUUGGUAUGAGGAGGGAUACGUAUUUAGGGUAUCAUGUCAAAAGGGAUAUGAGCAUAAAGACAGGAUUGCAACAACUACAUGUUCAAAUGGAGCAUGGACCAUUCAGCUGGUCUGUGAGAGAAGUUCCUCAGCAUGUGGUGAGCCUCCUAAAAUCCCCCAUGCAGUGAUCAUUAAUCAGGAAUACCAGGAUUUGUUUGCUGCUGAUUCAGUACUACACUAUGAAUGUGAAGAAGGAUUUACUGUAGAAGGAGUAGACACGAAGAAAACCAUCAUUUGCAUCAGUGGAAACUGGACUCCAGCCCCACCGUGCCGCAGUACAGGAAGUGGAUCCACAGUGGGGGUAACAAAUGGUGGACACACUACAUCUACACAACCUACAGGUCGAGGAUCAUCCUCCAGCUCCGGAGGGAAUGACAGAGAGGGAGGACUUCAAAUCACAACAAUCGACAAUUGUGGAAGGUACCCCAGAGUUUCUAAUGGAGAUGUUGUGGAACGUGGACCACUGUUUCUGAAAUACCAAUGCAGUUCUUUUUACAAAAGAGUGGGUCCACAGAAAGUGGUGUGCUACAGUGAUGGCACAUGGUCACCAGUACCAACUUGCAAAGCCGCCUUCUGUGAAGUGGACACUGCUGAUUAUGAUCAGUUGGAAAAUGCUGGAGUUAAAUUUAUAGGAGAUGGUCAAAAAGUGAAACUGAAGUGUGAGAAACUAGAAUGGUACUGGAUUAAUGAUUAUUAUUCUGAGGUCCAGUGCACUGAUGGAAGAAUAAGGCUUGGCAAAUGUUGUAGCUGGGUUGAUGGUUUUCGGCCGGAUUGCUAAGGCUGUACCACCAAGAGAAAGACACUGCUGCCUUUGGAUUUGUCCACAACUGACUGAAGACCAGCCUGUGCUGGGCUUUUCAAACAACAAAUCAUUCACUUUUUUUUCCAAGUAUGAAUGUCUACAUAGAUCAUUUAGAAGCAAAUGUUUUAUCUUUAUGCUCAAAGCUGUGAAAAUAACUUGACAGAUAAAUAUAUUGCAUAUUGGAUGAACUGUCCUGAAUAAAACCUUUGACUGGAA